AUGAAGGAAGGAAUGAAUAAAAUCCGGUCUCGGCAAGCGAAAAAUCAAAGCGUUAAAUCUAAUCGAAGAAAGCAGAUCUCCAGAUUGUGUAAGGACUAUGAAAAUAAAUAUAUCGUAAUUAUAAUUAUUUUGCGUCGAAAUAUGUUCAAUAAAUAA